AUAGCAAAUGUGCGUGGGCAGAGAUGGGGUUAAAAGGAGUUAUCUGAUACUGUAAAGUGGACAAGUGCAGCUGGGUUAUGACGUAAUCCUCAGAGCAAAGGCAGUCCAGUAACUAAAAUGCUCAGGAAAGAAAACAAAUGCAGAGCAUGAAGGCCACGGCCCCAGCAGAGCAGACGCCAGACGUGAAGGACCCCAUGCACAGAGUCCUGGUAGUCUUCCUGAAGCACUAAUGCCUAGGCUACUGAUGUGGACGUAAUGGUCUUUGCCUCCAGAAGUGAGAAGAUGGACAACUCAACCACAGAACCUCCAAAGCAGCCCUGCCCCUGGAACGUCCUGAUCACCCGGCAGAUCAUCCCCGUGCUGUACUGUGUGGUCUUCAUCACAGGGAUCCUCCUCAACGGAAUAUCAGGAUGGAUAUUCUUUUAUGUGCCCAGCUCCAAGAGUUUUAUCAUCUAUCUCAAGAACAUAGUUGUGGCUGACUUUCUCAUGGGCCUGACAUUCCCUUUCAAAAUCCUUGGUGACUCAGGCCUCGGUCCCUGGCAGGUGAAUGUGUUCGUAUGCAGGGUCUCUGCAGUGAUCUUCUAUGUUAAUAUGUACGUCGGCAUCGUGUUCUUUGGGCUCAUCAGCUUUGACAGGUACUAUAAAAUUGUAAAGCCUCUUUUUACUUCUGUUGUGCAGUCAGUGAACUACAGCAAACUGCUGUCCGUGCUUGUAUGGACGCUCAUGCUUCUCCUUGCUGUCCCAAACAUCAUUCUGACAAACCAGAGUGUCAAGGAUGUUAAGAAAGUCCAGUGUAUGGACCUCAAAAACGAGCUGGGGCAGAAGUGGCACAAAGCGUCUAACUAUAUCUUCGUGAGCAUUUUCUGGAUUGUGUUCCUUCUGUUAAUCAUCUUCUACACGGCCAUCACGAGGAAGAUCUUUAAGUCUCACCUUAAGUCCAGAAAGAAUUCCAUCUCAGUCAAAAGGAAGUCUAGCCGCAAUAUAUUCAGCAUUGUGCUCGUAUUUGUUGUCUGUUUUGUACCUUACCACAUUGCCAGGAUCCCCUACACAAAGAGUCAGACGGAAGGUCAUUACAGCUGCCAGGCGAAGGAGACCCUGCUCUAUGUGAAGGAAUUCACUCUGCUACUCUCUGCUGCAAAUGUGUGUCUGGACCCCAUUAUUUAUUUCUUUUUAUGCCAGCCGUUUAGAGAAGUCUUAAAUAAGAAGUUACACAUGUCACUGAAAGUCCAGAAUGACCUAGAGGCUUCCAAAACCAAAAGGGAAAACACAAUUCAUGAAAGCACAGAUACUUUGUAAAUUGCCGUCCCCUCCCAAGUAUUAUCAAUCUUGUUACAGGAUAAUUAUGAAUAAAAAGCAGGCUUAUGACGACAAAUAACUUAGCUAGCAAUAUUAUCCAAUAAUAUGUAUGAAGUCCAAAAAAAAGUAUAAUAAAAAUAAAAUAUAAGUUUCCAUGUAAAAUGAAAGCCGGUAACACAUCACAAUUUUCUAGAAAUCAAAUGAAUAGAGAAGUGGCAUGUGGGUGCUGGUCUAUGAGUUACCGAAACUCAACUCCUCCUCUUCUAUUAACUGGCUUCUUAGAAGACACCCAGUCUUUCAGAUGUUCCUCCUAAGCAUUCUUCUAAGUAACACUCAUACCUAUUUCAUACUUUGUACUAUGUAUGUGCCAAUAAACAAACUGUCUUCAAAACCAUCA